AGCCUGUAAACAAUAUUUAUAAUAGCUGUGGCUGACAGAGACGUCCAAACUCCAUAGUAUUAAUAAAUGAAAAUGUCUAUGCCCGGAUUUCCGCCGUCAGCACCCCAAGGACCGCCCAUGCAGCAAGUUCAGCAACAGCAACAGCAACAGCAGCAACAACAACAAGAAAAGUUGGACAACAUUUCUAAAGUAAAAACACAGGUCAAUCAACUCAAAGAGUCUUUAAAUUGUGUUUUACGAGCCGCUUCAUACACGUUGCAACAAAAUCAUUAUAUCGAUACUGGGUUACUUAAAACUGUUGAUAUGCCAAAUCCUCGAUUUGAAAAAGCCAUAGAAGAAUUCUUCUCCAUUUGCGACCAAAUUGAAUACAAUUUGAAAACAGCAAUUGAAUGCCAGCAACAAGGUAUGAGUAGUCAACGUUACAUCCCAUUAAUGGUAUACCCUACAAGAACAGAACCAGUACCAACUCAGGAGUUAAGCUCACUGACAUAUCCACAAUAUUUAAGUACAGUUCGUUCACAGAUAUCAUACUUAAAAGAAGUUCAAGAAUUAUUGUUAUCGGCUUCACAAAAUAGCUCUAAUGAAUAAAAUAUAAAAUUAUAACAAUAAUGAUAAAUAAUUUAACUGUGUAUAUUUUUAGAGCGUAUUUUAAUGUGUAUAAUAAAAGACGUUUAUAAUAAAAUAAUA